CUUAAUCCUUAGCCUAAAUAAAAAAGUUGCAAAAACUAUGCCUCCCUCUAAAAAAUCUUUUCGUAAAGCAUAUAAAAAUGGCCAAAUAAUAAUUAUUUUUAACAAAAAUUUCAAAAAAAUGUUUAAAAAUAUUAAUAAUUUUAUUUUUAUCCAAAUUUAUAUUAAUUUUAUAUUUUUAUUUAUUUCUGUAAUAGCUUUAGAUGGAAAUAAAAAUAUUUAUGGGCCUAAUUAUGGACUAGUACCUGGAUUUCUUUGUUCUCCUUCAGGAUUACCACCACCCCCACCACAACCACCAACACAAAAUCCUUAUUAUUCUCCUCAAUUACCACCAAUUUCUUCUUCCUCUUCUAUUUCUUCAAAUCCAUAUACAACAAACUUUCCAUUACCCCCACCACCUUCACCUUUAAUUCCCCCACCACCACCACCACCACCACUUCCUUCUCUACCUUUUUAUUCACCUCCAUCCUCAUCAAUUUCUCCAAUAAAUUCACUUCCUCCUCAACCUCCUUCAAUGAAUCUUCCACUCCCUCCACCCCCUCCAAUGUACGGAACUGGCUAUCCAGUAAUUAAUGGCCCACCAGUUGGCAGCUAUUUUUGCAUUCCCUACUGCCCUCAAAGCGGCAAUAAUAUUGGUGGAAAUUUUCCUUCAAUAAAUAAUUACUUUCCUCCAUUACUUGGCAAUUCUCCUUCAAAUAUAAUGAAUCCUGCAAAUCUGUCACCUUCAGGUUAUGGAAUUGGAAGUUUGGGGGGAUAUGGACAAUUUAAUCCACAAAUGGGAGGAGGAGGAGGAGCACUUCCAUUCUCUGGUGCUUAUAUCCAUACUGAACCCUCUACAAGUAUUGGAGGAAUAAAUGGACCGAUAUCAAAUGUUGGCAAUAUACCCCCUCCUCCUUUAAUGCCAACAAACAAUAUUUGGCCAAGCAAUGGUAUUCGAAGAAGUGUAGAAACAACAAACGACGACGAAAAUAAAAAGAAAAUUAUUGCCAAAAAGGAACGAAAAGGCGUUUAA